GCCUUGGGGCGCGGAUGGCGCGACGGCGCCGGAGCAGUUGUGCGCGGCGUUGUGCCCAAGCGACGCGCGCGGCGAUCUUGCGAAGGGCUCGAGAGCUCGGGGAGCGGUCGAGGCCGUGGUCGAGUAUGCUGUUUCAUGCGCAGACCAGUUGGCGCCCAGCGAGGGGCCGCGGCGCGCCCUCGACGGCGCCGCAGUCAUUGGCCCGCCCGAGCGCCAGCGCUUCUCUACGAGGGCGCGCUCGGAUGCGGCGUUUGGCGGCUGUCCUCGGUCAGUGCAGUGCUGGGCCUCCGCAGUGCGAUGGUGGUUGCGGGUCUCAAGAUGCGCCCUUGGCCGGGGUUCCCCAUUUCUCAUCUCCGCCGAGGACCUCCAGGUGGCAGGUGCGUUGUUCCGCGUGAGCGGCGCGUUCGCGAAUUAUGGUGGGCACUGGUGCGCGGCGUUCGAGCUGCCGUCGGUGUCGACGGCCGCCUUCGGUGAUCGAUCCGUGAGGCGGGCGCGACUGGACAUCGCGAAGAGGUGCCCCCCGCCCCCGAGAGUCAAACGUUCUGUGCAGCACGCCCUCCUUUCCAUAACCGUCGAAGCGAGCAUUUCGGGCCCGGUGGCAGCAUCGGUCAGAAGGGGCGUGGCGAUGCUCGUGUGUUUCGGGUAUGCAUGUCUGCUGCGCCUGCCAAGUGGGGACUUGCCCGCCGUCUUCGAUGGCUCGGUAUCCAGCGUGCAGCACCGGGCAUCGGCGCGCCUCUCAACGGAGGCGUUAGGUUGGAUUUUGCAGCGGCGCAAGAAUUCGGAGCGGCCCGUUGCACUUCGGCGCAAGUGCUGGCGCCGCACUGACGGCGGCAAAAGCGCGUGCCCAGCGCGCGUCCUCGGCGCAUUCUUCGAGAAAGCGGGCGUGGGCACGCAGGCCUUAGCAAGCUUCUCCCCCGCUGAUGUUGCGGCCGCCAUCCGAAUUGCGACCGGGGCGGCAGGGCCGGCCUGGCCGGAGUACUUCGCGCGGGCGGUUGGCGCGGCGCUGCCUUUGUUGAGCAUCUGCCCGUGGAGUCUUUCGAGCGUGACGCUCCUCUCGAGGCAGGGGGCAAUUGCUGUUCCGACGGUGAUGCGUGAGGGACAGAGACUGGGCUUCAAGCCUGCUGUUGCGCGCGCGCUAGCGCUCCUGCGGCGCGCGGUGCAUUGGGUCUGCGCCUGCGCGCGCGUGGCGCGCGCGGCUGGGCCGCCCGCCGAGUGCCGGGCGCUCCGUGGCAGCGGGCGUUCGCACUGGGCGCUCGGCUGGGUCGGCGACGCAGGCGAGUGCCAGAGCCGCCGUCGGCUCGGGGCAUCGCUGCGCGCGGCGAGG